UUUUCUCCCCUCUCUCUCUCUCUCUCUGUCUCUCGCAGUCUCGCGUGAUUACCCGGCAUCGCGAUCGAGAUAUCUGAGCCGUUGAUUUUCUUACUGGGUCCUCCGUUCUGAUUCCGGCGAAAUUUCGCCGGAUUUUGGAUGAUCUUGUCGGAUCGGGGGCGGAUUCUUGCUGGAAAUUAUGUUCCUCGUUGAUUGGUUCUAUGGCGUUCUCGCCUCGCUCGGUUUGUGGCAGAAAGAGGCCAAGAUCUUGUUUCUAGGGCUUGAUAAUGCCGGAAAGACGACUCUUCUUCAUAUGCUCAAAGAUGAGAGGUUGGUCCAGCAUCAGCCCACGCAGUACCCAACUUCGGAGGAAUUGAGUAUUGGGAAGAUCAAAUUCAAGGCUUUUGAUUUGGGCGGGCAUCAGAUUGCACGCAGAGUCUGGAAGGACUACUAUGCAAAGGUGGAUGCUGUGGUCUACCUGGUGGAUGCGUUUGACAAGGAGAGGUUUGCUGAGUCAAAGAAAGAGCUGGAUGCCCUCCUCUCGGAUGACUCACUAGCGAACGUCCCAUUCCUCAUACUAGGGAACAAGAUCGACAUCCCAUAUGCAGCCUCUGAAGAGGAGCUCCGUUACCAUCUGGGCCUGAGCAACUUCACCACCGGGAAGGGCAAGGUUAGCCUGACCGAUUCGAAUGUCCGGCCCCUCGAGGUCUUCAUGUGCAGCAUCGUCCGUAAGAUGGGAUAUGGUGACGGCUUCAAGUGGCUGUCUCAGUACAUCAAGUAGCGGCAGGUUCCUUUGCUCUAUUGUUCUUUUUGGAUUUGGUUGGAACGCUGUCUUUUCUUUGAAUUGCUGUUGAAGGAUCAAUGACUGUGACAGUAUUUUAAACACCUUUGUGUAAAUUGUAAUCUUAAUUGGGUUUUGAGGUCUUAGACGUUUCACAUUAUUGUUCUUGA